UCUCUUAUUGCUUCUGUUUUGAAUUUCUUACACAAAAUUCAUCCCAUCUCUUCUCUUCUCUUGCCCCUUCUUCAUUUCAUUUCUUCUUCUCCACAUCUUGAAAGGAAAAUAGAAAAUUUGAAAGCAUUCGUAAUUACUGUUCUGUGCUUCUUCAACCUCUCGUCCUAUUCAUUCAUUUUCCUUCGCUUUUAAUGCAAUUGUGUCCUUAGAUGGUUCUAUGAAUCAUUUUAAGACUAUCAUUGAUGCAAUUGUAGCAGCUCCAGAUAACUCAAAUACACAGUUUUAUAUUCAUGUAACUCCCGGCACUUACCAUGAGCGUCUUCAAAUUCCACCAACCAAGACCUUCGUUGCUUUGAUCGGUGAUAACGCACUCACCACCAUUAUUGUCGACGAUAGAAGUAAUGCUCGUGGAUUCAAGACAAGCGACUCUGCAACCCUUACGGUUAACAGUAAUAAUUUUCUUGCAAAAUCAUUGACUUUUGAGAACUCCGCCGGUCCUCAAAAUGGCCAAGUAGUGGCUGUUCUUGACCAAGCUCGCUUCACUGCGUAUCAUAAGUGCAGGUUCUUAGAUUUUCAAGACAGUUGUACGUCGGAGGCAACCUUUAUUUCUUUAAAGAGUGUGAUAUCUAUGGCAGUUUAGACUUUAUCUUUGGAAAUGGUUUAAGUAUGUUUCAAGAUUGUAACAUCUAUGCCCAAGAACCAAAUAGAUCUAUCACGGUCACUACUCAAUCCAAAGAACAAUAACUGGUUGCCUGAAACUGGUAUUCCAUUUAGACGUGGAUUUUUUUCUUAAUGAUAAAUUACGGUCACUGCUCAAUCCAAAGAACAAUUACGAAAAAAAAGCGGCUUCUCAUUUCAAAAUUGUACCAUCACUGUUUUGUCAGAGAUAGCAGCUAGCAAAGCCGACGUCAAAGUCUAUCUUGACCGACCGUGGAGACAAUAUUCACGGGUUGUGUUCAUUAAGUCAUUUCUUAAUGAGGAAGUGUUGCCCGAAGGAUGGUCAGAGUGGCUAGGGGUACCGACGAACAAUUUGUUUUAUGGAGAAUAAUAACCGUGGUCCUGGAGCAGAUGUCUCUAAAAGGGUUCAUUGGAUUGGGUUUCAUGUGUUAGAUAAGCAGUCAGCCAAUCAAUUCACUAUAGACAACUUUGUUAAUGGAUUUUACUAAUUGCCUGAAACUGACAUUCCAUUUAGACGUUGACUUUAAAAGGACUCAUUAGAUUGAGU